AUUUAUUCCAAAAUGAUUAAAGGAGUUUUAACUAAGUCUCAUGGAAUUGUUAUAAUAACGAUGUCAGGUCUAUUUACAUAAGCAAAUUGGACAUAUCAAAGUCUUUAAUAGUCUUCAUAGAAGCCAAAUGAUUUCUAAAAGGAUUUUCUUCAAUAUCAAAUGGCUCACUUUAUAAAUUAUGUACAAUUUCUAAUUAAUAAGUCUAUAAGUGGAUUUUUUUUCCCCAUUACAACUAGUGUAUUGCUGUCAGGAUUAUUAAUUUUGAGAUAAUACAACUAUCAUAUCGAUUAUGAAUAGGAGAAAUAAAAAUACUUUAAAUAUGCCUAGAUUUCAAUGAUUGGGCUCAUAAGUCUUUUAGGUUUGAGUGUACCAGGUAGAUUUAUUUUAUUGAAUAAACAUCGUUGA